CAGCAGUCAGGAUAGUUAUGGAGCAGGAGAUUUUGCUGUUCCUCAGGGGAGUCAGACACCCCCAACUUGAGACUGGAAAGGUUUAACUGCUACUGAGAGAACCUGCUCCCUAGUAAAGGGAGAAGCCAACAAUGCUCAGCCUUAGAAGCACAGAAAUCCUCAGCUUUACCAUAUUGUUGGCACACUACGUGAUCAGCCAAGAAAGUCCAAGCCAUGAGGAUACUUUGUCUUUCAACUUUACUCAAAGUGUUUACCUAACAACCAUCUAUGAAAAUUCGGCCCCAAAAACUUAUGUCGUGAGCCGAGUGAAGAUGGGUAUUUACCUUAAGGACCCUCGCUGGUCAAUAAAAUAUCAGAUUAUAUCAGGAGACACCACUGGUCUCUUUAAGAUAGAAGAGUCUGUAGUUGGAGAUUUUUGCUUUUUAAGAGUAAGAAUGCGGAGUGGUAAUAUGGCUCUUUUAAACAGAGAAGUCAAAGAUAAUUAUCAGUUGAUGAUUCAAGCUUCAGAGACAUCAUUGACAUAUAAAGCACGAACUAAAGUGAUCAUUCAAAUUCUGGACACAAAUGAUCUAAGGCCACUUUUUUCAACAACCUCUUACAGAUUUGUAAUAAAUGAAGAUGCACCCCUUAAAACAGUCCUUGGGAAAAUCAGUGCUACGGAUGCAGAUUUGGGACAGAAUGCUAUGUUUUAUUAUACAUUCAACACCAAGUCCCCAUACUUCUGUAUUCAUCCAACCAGUGGUACUGUCAUGUUGGUCGGGCAACUAAAUGCCACACAAAAAGCUCUCCACAAGCUUCAGAUUUUAGCAGUUGACCGCAUGAAAAAAAUCUCAGAAGGGAACGGGUUUGGGAAUCUGGCUUCACUGGAGGUACUAGUGCAACCAGCACUUAAAAAACCUCCUGUUAUAUCUUCUGUAACAACUGCAAUACCAGAUAACUCCGAGCAGCUCCUUUAUGCCACAGUGACAGUUGACUUGGCAGAUCCUGAAUGCAGUAUAGAUUCCUUGGAGAUUGUGGCUGGAGACCCCUCAAACUAUUUCAAAGUCGUGCGAUCUUAUGUAGGUAAAAAUGAAUUUACAGUGAUAUCUACAGCACCCAUUAAUUGGAUGGAAAACCCACAAGGCUUUAAUCUAAGUCUUCAGGCUAAAGACAAAAGCAAACCUCCUGCAUAUUCUCCAGUUAAAAUAAUUUAUAUACCACCUUGGAAAUAUGCCCUUGCCAGAUUUGAAUCAGAUGUUCAUAAGGUACAAAUUAAUGAAUGCAGUCCUCCUGGGACAUAUGUUGCUCUUGUAAAAGUUAUUCCAGCCAUUGCGGCGGGAGGUUAUCACUUCAAAACUACUACAGACAAAUUUAAAGUCUUUACUGAGACUGGUUUGAUCGUCACCAGUAAGCAAAUGGAUGUAAAAGAACAGUCUCAAUUUCAAUUAGAAGUGGCAGCCCUCGAUGGACGAGUUUCUACCACUGUUCUUGUCGAUGUUAUUGAUUGCAAUAACCAUGCCCCAGUUUUCACACGAUCUUCAUAUCAUGGGGCUUUCAAUGAAAACAGUCCUGUAGGAUCUAAAAUCUUACAGGUUAGUGCUACUGAUGCUGACUUGGGUAACAAUGGUAGGGUCACAUACACAUUGGCCAGUACAAAAAAUGCCCCUUUUGUCAUUAACCAAUUAUCUGGGGUUAUUUCUAAUACUAGAGUCCUUGAUUAUGAGUUAACACAAAGGAUGUAUCGUCUACGUGUUUGGGCCUCAGACUGGGGGUCUCCAUUUCGCAAACAGAGUGAAGUUUACGUAUCCCUCAUCCUUAACAAUCUAAAUGACAAUUCUCCGAUGUUUGAGAAGGUAAACUGUAGUAUCACAAUACCAAGAGACCUACCAAUUGGGGAGAAAGUAACUUCCCUUUCAGCAGUAGAUGUGGAUGAACUGCAAAAUAUUCAGUAUGAAAUAAUGUCGGGUAAUGAAAUGCAAAAAUUUAAACUAGACCCAACCUCUGGAGUAAUUACCGUUAGAAGUGAUUUUUACAAUCCACCAAAUUCUCAGCUCUACUUCUACACCCUUGUUGUCACUGCUAGAGAUGGAAAUAAUUAUGCAGACUCAACUGUGGUUAAUAUAACAAUACUAAAUGAGGGUACAUCAGUUUCAGAAAAAUGUGAUGAGACUGGAGUAGUGAACAAAAUAGCUGCUAACAUGUUAGACUCUUUCCAAAUGCCUCCGGAAGACCAAGGACUUGAGGAGGAUACAGCUUUUAAUAUUCACUUAAUAAACAGUCAUGCCCCCCAUUUUCAUGACAGUUUCCCAAUAUCGAUUGAUGUGGCAGAAGAUUUUCCUGUCAACUCUGCGAUUGUUCAACUUUCUGCUGUUGACCUUGAUACUGGCUUUAAUGGCCAGUUAGUCUAUGUAAUUUCUCAGGGCAAUGAGGAUGGUUGUUUUGCCAUAGACAUUGAGAAUGGAACGUUGUUUGUAGCUUCCCCAUUAGAUCGAGAAAUAACAAGUUCUUAUAUCCUCAACAUUACAGUGUAUGAUCUUGGCACACCUCAAAGAUCAUCUUGGAAGAUAUUAGCUGCUAAUUUGUUGGAUGCUAAUGAUAAUGUUCCCAGUUUCCCAGCAUCUGGAUACUGUGUUGUAUUACUUGAAGAUGCUAAGAUAGGUGCCCUUGUUCUUAAAGUGAAAGCAGAUGAUAAUGACAUGGAUGAUAAUGGCAGAGUAAAAUACACCCUUUUAACACCUACAGAUAAGUUUGCAGUUGACAGUAUAACAGGAGAAUUAACAGUCAAAGGCCUACUGGACCGUGAAUUAAUUCCAAAAUAUAAGCUCAAAAUAGAGGCCAGAGAUCAACCCAAAAGAGGCCGACAAUUAUUUUCUACCACCGAUGUUGUUGUCACACUUGAAGAUGUCAAUGACAAUGCUCCUUACUGUAGGCCUGUGACAGCCAAUGUGAAAAUUCCAGAGGAUAUUCCUGUAGGAAGCAUCAUCUAUUUUGUGGAUGCUCUAGACUCUGAUAUUGGCAUAAACGGAGAAGUGUCCUUUUCCCUUAUCACUGGUGAGCUUGGUGUAUUUCAAAUGGAGAAAUUGACAGGGGCUCUUAUUUUAGAGAAGGAAAUUGAUUUUGAAAAAAAGUCAUUCUACAAUUUGACUGUCAGGGCUACAGAUGCGGGCCAUCCAUUCCCUCAUUCAUCGGUGUGCCAUGUGGAGAUUGAAGUGUUGGACGUCAAUGAGAACUUGCAAGCACCAAACUUUAAAUCAUUUGUUUUCAAUGGUUCUGUGCCAGAGAACUCUCCACCUGGGACUCCAGUCCUUUCCAUUACAGCCCAGGAUGGAGAUAAAGGAAAAGAUGGGGAGAUAAGAUACUCAAUCAGAGAUGGAUCUGACCUCUCCAUAUUCAGCAUUAGUGAAGAGACAGGUAUCAUACGGACUGAGGUUGCUCUUGACCGGGAAUCUGUUUCCAGUUACUGGUUAACCAUUUAUGCUACAGAUUUGGGGUCAAUUCCUCUCUUCUCUGUUACGGAGGUUUACAUUGAAGUCACUGAUGUCAAUGAUAACAUCCCCCAAAUGUCAAAGGCUGUUUAUUACGCAUCAAUAAUGGAAAAUUCUCCACCUCACAUCUCAGUCCUUCAGCUGGAAGCUUCAGACGCAGACUUCAUUUCAACUGGCAAAUUGUCUUUUUCCUUCUCCAGUGGAAAUAGUCAAGGGUUCUUCACAUUAAACCCACAAACUGGUUUGAUCACAACAUCAGCACAACAGCUGGAUCGAGAAAGUAAGGAAGAGCACAUCUUGGAAAUUACUGUAUCGGAUAAUGGAACACCACCUCUGCAGUCAGUCUCACGCGUGGUUAUAGAAGUGCUGGAUCUCAAUGACAACCCUCCAACAUUCCCACAAAAGCUCUUUACAAUUCAGCUUCCAGAACGUGAAUCCUCAUUUGAGCCUUCUCCUAUCUCCAGGUUGAUAGCUAUGGAUAAGGACAAGGGAAUUAAUGCUCAAAUUACAUACAGUAUUACUGAGCCUGCAGGAGACAUGUUCACCAUUCACCCCAGCACUGGUGUCAUCUCUUCUAAGGAGUCAUUUCCACCUGGGGACUACACUAUAUUGACGAUAAAAGCAUCAGACAGUGGAAGCCCAUCUCGAUCCUCCACAGUAAGACUCCAUAUUCAGUGGAUCCCAAAACCUGACCCUUCAGAAGAACCAUUGGCAUUUGAUGAGCCUCAAUUUACAUUCCAAGUUAUGGAAACAGAUCCUGUGAACCACAUGGUGGGGUUAAUCAGCACAGAGUUUAUCAACAGUCAAAUUUGGUUCGAAAUAACAGGUGGUGAUGACGACCUGGACUUCGAUAUAGAUCAAAGCACUGGGGGCUUAGUCAUUGCUCGACCUUUGCAAGCAAGUAGGAAAUCACUGUACACCCUGACUGUGCAGGUCACAGAUGGCUACAGUGCUCUCAGCACACAGGUAUACAUAUCUGUGGUUCCAUUCAACCGACAUCGACCAGAAUUUCUCCAAAGUAAUUAUGAGAUUCACGUCUCGGAGGAUACACUGCCGGGAAUUGAAGUGAUUAAAGUCAGUGCAACAGAUAAAGACAGUGGAGGUAGACUAAUUUACACCAUCCAGGCCAGUGCUGACCCACGAAGUUCAAAAAUGUUUCGCAUUGGUCCAAAUAGUGGCAUUGUUCAUACCACAGAGACUUUGGAAUUUGAGACAAUGCCUCUUCAUGUGUUGACUGUGAUGGUGCGGGAUCAAGAUGUUCCAAUAAAAAGAAAUUUUGUCAGGGUCAUCAUUUAUGUGAAAGACAGUAACAACCACUCUCCUCACUUCACACGCUCAUUGUAUGAUGUAAACUUACCAGAUUCAGCCCCAUCUGGGACAGAAGUAAUUCAAGUUCGAGCAACUGAUAAAGAUAAAGGAAAUAAUGCAAAGAUCCAAUACUCCAUUCAGUCAGGUAACGCAGAUGGAUAUUUUGCCAUUGAUUCAGCUGCUGGUGUUAUUACCCUAGUAAAAAGAAUGGAGCACCCUUCAAAGAAUCGACUCACAAUGACCAUCACAGCUGUAGACCAAGGCACACCACAACUUAAGGACAUAGCUACAGUCAAUGUGCAUGUUAAAUCUUCUGAUCUGUCACCUCCAAAAUUUACUUCUUUGGAAUAUGUUGUGGAACUUAGUGAAUCGGUACCAGUAGGUACUUUCGUUACUAUAGUUUCUGCAAAAACCUGGUCUUCCAUUAAUUAUGAAAUAAAGGAAGGGAAUACAGAAGGUGCUUUUUACAUUAACUGCUACUCUGGUAUUAUUUCCACCCAAAAGAAACUGGAUUUUGAGACAACCUCGUCCUACCAGCUGAAAGUGCGUGGCAACAGCUCCAUGGGUUUUAACAGUGAAACCACUGUGUUUAUCUACAUUAUUGAUGAGAAUGACAAUUCCCCAGUCUUCAUACAGACAGUACAUCUAGGUCAAAUUAGUGAAGAUGCUGCAGUGGGCACCAUGGUCACCAACCUUGAUCAGAAUCCAUUAAUUAUUCAAGCAACUGACAAUGACACAGAGUCAAAUGCCAUACUGACCUACUAUAUCCUUGACCCAGAGGUUCUGAAAUUCUUUAAAAUUAAUCCAAAUAUGGGAACUAUCUCUACUGUUGCUGAGUUAGAUUAUGAACUAAUUUCAGUUUAUCAUUUCAAUGUGUAUGUACGUGAUACAGGCAUUCCAAGUCUGUUUGCCACAGAACCUGCACAGAUUUCCAUAAUAGUGACCGAUGUAAAUGAUUCUCCUCCCAAAUUUUCAAAGGACACCUAUGAAUUAGAUAUUUAUAUUCCUGCUUACAAUGGCAUGCAUGUCCUGACAGUGGUAGCAGAGGAUCUGGACUCAGAAGUGAUCUACAACAUUUCUGAAGGCAACACGGAUGAUGCCUUUUAUAUUGAUCCAACUGCAGGAAUCUUAUCUGUGAAUGAUGCUUCAGUUUUGGAAACACAACGUGAAUUCUCCGUAAAGGCUACAGAUGGAUUGUAUCAUGCACAUGCACUGGUGAAAGUUAAUGUAACAAAAAUACAAGAUACCAACUUAAGAUGUGAUAGCAAGUACUACACUGCAACAGUGGUUGAAAAUGAUGCUCGUGUCAUAUUUUUAAACAUGCUAAAUGUGAUUGGAGUUCAGCUUAAUGAAGCACUUUACUUCACUGUUUUAACAUUCACUGAUAAUUUCCAGGUAGGUAGUUCUUCUGGAGUGUUGCAAACAAAAGGUUUACCAUUUGAUCGAGAAAUUAAAGACAAAUAUGAUGUAACAAUUGAAGUAAGAGACAGCAGAAGACCAUCCCGCAUUGCCCAAUGUAAGGUUGAAGUCUAUGUCGAAGAUGUCAAUGACAAUGCACCAGAAUUCUUAAAUACUCCAUAUUAUAUUCCAGUAGAGGAUGGUUUAGAACCAGGGGAUGUCAUUUUCCAAGUAUCUGCAAUUGACAAGGAUGUGGAGAGGAAUGGUGCUAUUACAUACUGGUUUAAUGAGGACUAUAAGUAUUUUAGAAUAGACCCCAAAUUGGGAGAUAUUGUUCUGAGACACCCCUUUGAUUACGAAGCAUUAAAUCAGUAUGUUUUAAGAGUAGGUGCCAAAGACAAUGGACAGCCAUUUUUAUAUUCAGAAGAGGAAGUAGUGGUAAUUGUAAGAAAUAAGUCCCACCCAAUAUUUCAAAGCCUUUAUUACACUGUUACAGUGCCAGAAAAUGUACCUAUUUUUACACCUAUUAUGCAUAUCCAAGCUCGGAGCCCAGAAGGAUUUCGUGUAAUUUACCAUAUUGUUGAGAAUGAGGCUCUUGCUCUGUUUAGCAUCGACUUCAAGACUGGUGCUCUCAGUAUUGCAGGCUCCCUGGAUUAUGAAUCCAAAACAAAACAUGCUCUUACCGUAAGAGCAACUGAUACAGCACUUGGAUUUUUCUCAGAAGCAAGAGUUUUAAUAAAUGUGGAAGAUGUUAAUGAUCACUCACCAACUUUCUCUAAGAUGGUCUACAUUAGCCAUGUGAAGGAAAAAUUGCCCCCUUACAGGCCAAUAAUUCAAGUUUUGGCUUCAGACCUAGAUUCAGGUAAAAAUAAAGAUGUGUCUUAUUACAUCAUAGGAAACAACACAGAUGGCAUUAAUGAUUUUUUCCAUAUUAACUCCAAAACUGGUGAAAUAACAACAGCUCAAGAACUUGAUUAUGAAUUGAGAUGUCAUUACCAAUUCAAAGUAAGAGCAGUAGACAAUGGAUUACCUCCUUUGCACACUGAUGCUUUAGUAGUUAUUAAUGUUUCUGAUGUGAAUGACAACCCUCCAGAAUUUAGGCAGCAACAGUAUGAAGCCAAUGUUAGUGAGUUGGCCAACUGUGGACAUAUUGUUAUAAAAGUUCAGGCAUUUGAUCUAGACAGUAUAGAUGCUGGAAAGCUGGAGUAUCUCAUUCUAUCAGGGAACAAUAAUCGUCAUUUUACCAUCAACAGGACAUCCGGCAUUAUCUCCUUGUCUAACCUAUGUAGGAACAGAUUAGAUUUGUCAUACCUUUUGCAAGUAUCAGCUUCAGAUGGUGUCUACAGGACCACUGUACCUGUGUAUAUCAAUGUUACCCAUGCCAAUAAGCAUAGUCCAUACUUCCAUCAGGAUAUGUAUGAAGUGGAACUUGCUGAAAACUCAGAAAUCGGCACCAAAGUGAUAGAUCUGUUGGCAACUGAUCCUGAUGAUGGUCAGUAUGGAACUGUGACUUACACAAUAAUUAACAAGUUAGCCUCUGAUAAGUUUUCAAUUAAUAAUAAAGGGCAUAUUGCUACACUGAAGAAACUUGAUCGAGAGAAUGCAACUGAGAAAGUGAUAGGUAUCAAAGUGAUGGGUCAAGAUGGAGGAGGUAGGGCAGCAUUUUGCACUGUAAUAAUAAUUCUAACUGAUGAGAAUGACAAUCCACCUCAGUUUACAGCCACAGAGUACACUCUGUCUGUCCAGUCUAAUCUCAGCAAAGGAACCCCCAUCAUUCAAGUAGUUGCCUAUGAUCCCGAUGAAGGACUAAAUGCUGAUGUCUCUUAUUCAAUUGAAACAUCUGAUGAAUACCUUGUUCACAUAAAUCCUUCUAAUGGUGUUAUCAUGGCAAAGGAGAGUCUUUUAGGACUAGAAAACCAAGCUAUCAGUUUCACAGUUAUAGCAAAAGAUAGUGCACCACCUCAUUGGAGCUCUCUAGUUCCUGUCCAUCUACAAAUUGUGCCUACAGAGGUUCAACUACCCAGAUUUUCUGAACCGCUCUAUAGUUUCUCAGCUCCUGAAGACAUACCUGCAGGCUCAGAGGUAGGGUUGGUAAAAGCAAUAGCAGUAGAACCGAUUAUAUAUAGCUUAGUAGAGGGUACCACUCCAGAAAGCAACAAAGAUGGUGUAUUUAGCUUGGAUAAGCACACAGGAGCCUUAAUAGUAAAAAAAGGUGUAGAUCAUGAACAAAACAAAUGGUACCUUAUUGAUGUGCAAGCUAACAGUCCUCAUUUAGGAAAAGAACUUGUAUCCUUGGUAUCAGUAAGUAUCCAAGUAAAAGACAUUAAUGACAAUAAGCCAGAUUUUGAAUCAGACCUAUACAGAGCCUCACUUACAGAAAAUAUGCCUGCUGGAACUACAGUAAUACAAGUCACUGCUAAUGACCAAGACACAGGGAUUGAUGGGAUGGUGACUUACAGUCUGAAAGCAAAUACCAAGGAAAUCAAUAGACUGUUCACAAUUGACAGUGACAAUGGGUGGAUUACAACACUACAACAGCUAGAUUGUGAAGAACAGCAGAUAUACCGUUUCUCUGUGGUGGCUUCUGACCAAGGCAAGAAAGUUCGUUUGUCUUCAGAAACAAUGGUGGAGGUGACCGUUACCGAUGAAAACGAUAACCCUCCACGGUUUACUAGUGAAGUAUACAAAGGAUAUAUAGCAGAGAAUAGUCCAGCAGGACAUAUAAUUGCUACUCUCAAGACAUGGGACAAUGAUAUGUCAGAGAACAACAGAAAAGUGACGUGUUACAUCACAGAUGGAGACAUUUAUGGUCAAUUUAGCAUUAAUGAAGUUGGAGAUCAGUGGGUUGUCUCUUCAAAGAAACCUUUGGACAGAGAAGAAGUAGAGAAACAUUUCCUCAAAGUGACAGCAUCUGAUGGCAAAUUUCAAGCCACUUCCGAAGUAGAAAUUACUGUGCUUGACAUUAACGACAACAACCCUCAAUGCCAGCAGAUGCUAUACACAGCAACAGUUUCUGAGGAUGCCCCUCCUGGCCUCUUUAUCCUUAAAAUAUCAGCCAAAGACCCGGAUGUUGGCAACAACGCUCAGAUAUCAUACACGCUUCAUGGUCUUGGGGAUAACCAGUUCCGACUGGAUCCUCAUACAGGUGAACUCACAACAUUGGCACCAUUGGAUCGAGAGCAGAAAGCAUCAUAUAAUCUUGUUGCAAAGGCCACCGAUGGAGGAGGACUCUCCUGCCAAGCAGAUAUUGUCCUCAAACUUGAAGACGUGAAUGAUAAUGCCCCUUUAUUCUCCAUGGCACACUAUUCCGUGACUGUGUUUGAUAACACUACUGUGAAAACUCCCGUAGCUGUUGUCUUUGCUAGAGAUCCUGAUGAAGGCUUGAACUCAGAAGUUUUGUAUUCCCUCCCAAACUCUGCCAAUGGUUUAUUCUCAAUUGAGGAAACCACUGGAGUAACUCGUUUGCAGAAACAUUUGGAAGACAUAGAAGAAGUACUUUAUCUAACUGCAUGUGCAACAGAUCAAGGCUCUCCAAGCCCUCUCAAAACAUGCACAACUAUUACAGUGUCUGUGGUUGCUCUGAGUUACUUUCGUUCUGUGUUUGGGAGUCCUGAAAAAGUUAUUGUGGUACCAGAAGACAAGGCCAUUGGCUCCCAACUGUUAAAUCUUCUGGAUCUAACCGAAGACAAGGAUGAAAGUGUAAAGCUGAAAUAUGAAAUCUUGAAUGGAAAUGAAGAUGGUAUAUUCAGCCUCAUUCCAGAUACAGGUACUUUGUACUUAAAUGGAAACCUUGAUUUUGAAGUACACCACCAGUACUAUUUGUCAAUUGAAGGCACAAGGAGCAGCUCCCCUCCACUAAGUGAUGUUACUGUUGUAGUGAUAAAUGUUACAGAUGUAAACGAUCAUGAACCUAUCUUCAACCAAGAGCAGUAUGAGGCCGAAAUCAGUGAAGAUUCAGUGGUAGGAGACCUUGUCCUUGUGGUUUCAGCUGUUGAUCAGGAUGGACCCAGUAACAACAAGGUGACAUACACCAUAAUUAAAGGAGAUCUACUUGGUCAUUUCUCGAUUCAUCCAGAACGUGGAGAAAUUCGAGUUCUGAGUAUCCUGGACAGAGAAAUGAAGUCCAGCUACUCUCUUGUAAUUCGUGCUUCUGACAAUGGACUCCCAGCUCAUUUCACAGAGGUUCCAGUCAGAAUCCAAGUGUCUGACGUGAAUGAUAAUGCUCCUAUGUUCCUCCAGUCCAAUUACAGCUUGGUAAUUCAGGAUGGCUCACCUGUCGGUAGCAGUGUGACAAAACUCAUGGCAACAGAUAAGGAUUCUUCCAGACACGGCCCCCCCUUCCAUUUUCAGAUCUUAGAAGGAAAUUAUGGAAAUGUGUUUCAGAUCAGCACAGAUGGACUUUUAUCUACUAUCUCUGUAAUAAGUAGGAAUCUAAAAGAAAAAUAUCAAUUAAAGAUACAGGUUACAGACAGUGGUAUCCCACGCCUUGCGUCCUCCACAUUUGCAAGCAUUCAAGUCAUCGAUCGAAGUCGUUUUUCUCCUUCUGUGUUGCCUUUGGAAAUAUUUAUCACCACCAGUGAGGCAGCUUUCCAUGGCAGUGUACUAGGUAAACUGCAUGCCACAGAUCAAGAUCCCCAUGAUACACUGAUGUACAGCUUGGCUGAAGAGGAACUGAAAAGAGGAUUGUUUUCAGUGGGAAAUUCUGAUGGGAAAAUUGUUGCCCUUGAAAGUCUUCACCAAGGAGAUUACAAUUUUGAUGUUACUGUCACUGAUGGAACAUUUUCUUCUGUAGCGCCUGUUCACAUAUAUGUGUGGUGUUUUCAUGAGGAGUCGCUUAAAAGGUCACUGGUUCUACGUUUUGAGAAACUGACCCCAGAAGAAUUCAUAAGUGAUCAUUGGCGAAGCUUGCAAAGAUUUCUUGGGAACCUACUGAAAACAGACCGACAGCAGAUUCAGAUGGCAAGCAUCCAAAAAGAUGAGGAGUCCUCCUCUUUAGAUGUUCUUUUGGUGGCAGGAACAGCAAAAAACUCAUUUUUUAGUCCCCAAGAUCUGUCUAAUAAGAUCAAUUCAUCAUCACAUGAACUUGGACAGUCAGUGGGUCUACAGGUUGAAAAGAUGUUUCAUCUGCCUUGCCAGGGCUCACAAUGCAAAAACCGCACGUGUCAGGAAACCAUAGGGCUGGAUUCUUCAGUUUUGUCUUCAUACAGUACUGCAAGGCUCAGUGUUAUCACUCCCCGACAUAUACUCCAACAAGUCUGCAUUUGCAAUGGUUCUGCAAUGAGGUUUGAUGGUCAAAGUUUCUUACGGUACCGUCAUGUUGGAGACAGCAACUGGAGUGUCCAAUUUCGGAUUAAAACACAUCAAUCCCACUCUAUUUUAGCAUUCAGCAAUGGAACACUUAAUUAUGAGCUGGAGGUAGUCAAUGGCGCUCUACACUUUAACUAUCGAUGUAAAGGUGACAUCACGCAGGAAAUUACGUCUGACAUUGCAAUAAACAAUGGCGAGUGGCAUGACAUUCUUUUAGAGGUGACCGCGUCCUCUGUGCAGCUCAGUGUUGAUGACACAAAUGCUGAAAAAUCUGUCCAACCCUGCCUUGCUCAAUCAUCCCUGCAACACAUGAUUAUCGGUGCUUUAAUCUCCGAGUCAGAGCAAGUCUCUCUAGGAUUCCAUGGUUGUCUUGAUGACAUCAGAAUUAAUGGCCAAAUGGCAUCAAACCUAGGACAGUCUUUGCAGGAGAAAGGUAUAUCACAAUGCUGUGAACAAAGCAAUGCCUGCGGCCUGGAUCCCUGCUCUGGUGGUAGAAUCUGUGCAGAGGUCAAUGAAGGAGGCUAUGCUUGCCUCUGUCCUUCUAUUUUCCCUGGAUCCAGCUGCAAUCUUAGAACAGAUCCUUGUAACCCUUCCUCCUGCCAGCAGGGUAGAAUCUGUACACUCAUCUCCAGUGGAUACACAUGCAGUUGCCCAGUGGGCUAUCAAGGAGACAGGUGCCAAGAUGAAGUGAGAGACUGCAAGGAUGGUUCAUGUGGUUGUGUUCCCACUAACACAUGUAAUUGCAGUGAGGUUAAUGGAGGUCAGACGUGUGCAGAUGUGGUACCUCCACAAACCAAACUCUUUUUUGUUUCUGGGGCUCAAGAGAUAGUGGAAAUUCUUGGGGGAAUUCUUGCAGUCCUGGUCCUUGUGGGCUUGUUUGUGAUCUUCAGGAAACGUGUAUGCAAAGGAGUCGGGAACCACAAACCAGCUCCCCAAGAAGACCCAGAUAUAAAACAUCAUUUGUCCAGGGACAUAGGUGUUGGAACUCAAGGACCAUCCAUGGAACUCAACAUCCUCAGUUCCUCAGCACGAACACAACUAGAUGCAGAAGGACAGCCUCGAAGAAAUCAAGUCCCAGAGCUGCUUACAUUUUGUAAGCCUCAAGGGCCUAGGGGACCUGUCAUCUGUAGUGUGGCUCCAAAUCUACCACCUGCUCCUCCAUCCAGCUCUGACAAUGAAUCAAUUGCAAAAAACAACUGGGAUUCCGAAGAUGGAGGAGAUGUGCCUUAUUGGAACUCUAGCUAUAUCCCUGCAGAACUACGAGGAUACCCAGCCUAUGAGCCCAAUCAUGACACAGAGCCUCCAUCUUCAUGUCCGGCACCUCCCAUUCCCCCUCUCCCCAGGGAAUCUGAGUCAGAACCUUUAUUUGGGGGAUUCCCUUUUCCUUUGGAGUCAAAAAACAAGAGAGCACCUUUACCACCACAUUACAGCAACCGCAACCUGGAUGAUUUUCUUCCUCAAUCUUCCCACUGCCAAGACCAGUACACAGCAAUUAGCUACUAUCCCUCCCAGCUCAUACAGUCUGAAGGACUGCCCUACCGACCUGAUGAAGGCUACAAGCGUCUAAAUGUCCGUCUGAGCGUGGCACAGCCUUCCUAUGCAGAUUGUGGUCCAUUACCUAUGCCAAAUUCUAAUUACCAAGGACCUGAAAUGGCAGGAAGUGACUAUGGUAGCUGUGAGGAAGUGAUGUUUUAAGUGGAACAAAAACAGUAUUUAUUAUAAUUAAAUUACUUUGACAAAGAGGGAUGCCAUAUGGAGCUCUACCAGAAGAAAGCAUGGGAACAGAGUACACAUAAAAAUGGCAAAGAGGAGAAGAUAAGUAGGAUGACAGGCAAGCAACUGGAGAAAAGAGAGGAGAGAGAAUAGUAAAAUACACAUAACAGACACCCUUCAAUUGCCAGAAGGGUUAACUAAUUGCCGUGGAAUAACUAUAUGGUAAAGGGCCCUGGUGCAUGAAUAUAUUGGGGCCCCUGCCUUGUUAGUGGUAACACUAAAAUUCAGUGAUCUUUUCCCAGUGGCAGUCUUUAGCAGGUCCUUAGCCAGAGUGCUAUACAUUGAAUUUAACUUGGAUAGUUUCACCUCUGAGAGCAAACAAAAAGGGUGAUGGAACACCAUGUGAAACUUUGCUGCAGUAUGUGCUGGACUUGUAACCAGACUUUUAUCUUCAAGUCCACUUCUAGGACUACAGAUAAAGUUCUGAACUGAUGCACCUUAUUGGACAAGCAAAGAGAAGGCAUUUUAUGCAUCACAACUUGCUGUGCAUGAUGCAUUUUUUUUUCUUUAAUAAUCUGUAGUAUGAACUUUUAAAGAACUAAACCUUUAACAGUAUUACCUCUGGUAGGGACUGUGAAUGUAAGCUCUAUGCUGUACAAUAUCAGCUUGGGCUGUGCCAUUUGUAGUACAAUCAAUAUUAAACCACCAAAAUGCAGCAUGCACAUUGUUUGUAUAAUUUGUAAUUGAAUAUAAUCUUCCAAAUUGCCAGGACUUGACACUCAGUAGGAGGAUAUGGGAUGGCAACAGACACCAUUGUAAAUGAAGGACAUAUAUAAAAACCAACCAGUAGCUCUUUCACCAAUACUGCACCAGGGAUUGAAAGUGCAUUACUUUAUCAUUUAAGACUAAUGAAUCAUCAGAUAUGGUUUGAAAAUAAAUAGCCUUGUACUGCAGAAAUUCAUAGGAUGUGCUGCAUUUAAUAAUGAUGUCAUUAAUUAAGUGAUGGUUUAGUUUCUUAUAAUAUUCUGGCUGCUGCGUCUAGAUGUGCUGUCUGUGGGGCGGUCAUCUCAAACGCCUCUUGGCUCAAAUAAUUCCAAAGUCCGGUCUCAUCCCUGACCAUAUUCAAAACUCUAAAUGAAAGGGUUGGGCCCUGGCUUGUUGAUGAUGUACAUGUUUGAUUAGCCCAAAAUAUUGGCUCGUGUACCCAGG